UUUUGGGUCUUGUAUUGGAUGUGAAAAAUGUUUGUUUGCAAUCAAUUGAGUCAAUUGGUCGGCCAGACCUUGAAGAAUGUGGUUAAACCUCCACUACAGCUCACUCUAGCCAUCAUUAAACCCGAUGUCUGCAAAGAUCCCAAUCGACUCAAUGCCAUCAGAAAUAUGAUUAAAAUAAAUGGAUUUUAUUUUAUUCGUUCACUAAUUACACGAAUGUCUGAAUUGGAAGCCAAAGAUUUUUAUAGCGAACACAAAGAUAAGUUUUUCUACUGGAGAUUAGUGUCGUUCAUGUCUUCGGGUGUCAUAUCAUGUCAUAUAUUAGCAAAACAUAAUGCGAUCACUGAAUGGAGACAAUUGAUGGGACCGACAAAAGUUUAUAUGACUAAAUUCAAUGAACCAAACACUAUAAGAGCGUUGUAUGGCUUAAGUGACACUCGAAACGCCACUCACGGAUCAGACUCUUCGCAAUCGUUUGAGAGAGAAUUCAAACACUUCUUCCCGGACUUCGACUCUGACAAGUGGUUCGCAGAACAGAUGCAACACUUCAUUAAUGGCACUGAUAUUGAAUUCUUGGCCGAGGAAUGGAUUCAUCGAUUAAAGAGAUGAUUCAAAAUAUAGCUUUAUUUCAUAGAAAAAU